AUGGGGUUCGCUUCUGCUUCUCGCGAAGAGAAGCUGAAAAUGAUGAAAACAAAUAAAACCAGAAAAACAACAAAAAACUUGAACCGUUUGGCAAAAAGAAAGAAGUUGUCGAGAGAGAUUCGCGAUGGAAUGUCAGAUAUCAAAGCUAGAAAAUCUGCCGAUUUGCGUCAGAGAGCUGUUAAUAUUGAAGACGAUUUCAUCUCCGAUCGACAAACUCAUUAUGAAAAUGAGGACGAAGAAGAUUUGCCGCUAGAUAUGAUGGAUGCUGAUAUUGAUUGGGAAAACAGUGCAUUUGCUAAUGCAAAGAGAAGACUUGACAGAAAAAGAAAUGGCAACGAUGAGUCUGAUAGUGAUGAAGACAAUGACAUGGAACUUAAAAAAAGAAAAUUUGCUGGUCAAUUAGAAGAAGGACACGAAGAGCUUCUCCCGAUUAAGUUGAAAGACGGAACACUUAUUCGCCCAACAAGGGAAAAAGAAGUCGUGGAAGAAGAAGAAGAUGAUGAAAAAAGUGGUGAUGAAGAAGGGGAAGAAGAUGAACCACACAGAGAAGAUUUUUCGCAUCUUUCUGCGUCAGAACUCAUUACAAAACGACGAGAAUUGCUCCAAGAAUUCAAAGACACAAUCGCUUCGCAUUGUAAUAUGCUUUUAGCUAAUCCGCAAGUUAAUAUUGUCCGUCUUCGAGAUCUCUACAAUCUAUGCAACGGAGAAAAAAUUCAUUCACUAGUCCGCGAACCAGUUCAAAAACUUGCUCUUGCUAGUACUCUUCAAGUUCUACUCGACAUUGUUCCGGGUUAUGCGAUUCGUGAACAAACUGCAGAAGAGAAGUCUCAAAAACAGAAAAAGGAAACUAGAAAUCUUGUGAAUUUCGAGGAAUCUCUGCUCAGAUAUCAUUUAAAGUAUCUUCAAUUGUGUGAGAAACUUUCUAAUAAAUUGGUCGGAAAAGACAGGCAUAAUGACGAAAACACUUUCACAUUCAAAAUGGGAAUUCUCUCCGUUAAAGCACUUGCUCGAAUUGUGAUCUCUGCCCCUCACUUCAACUAUUCAACAAACAUUAUAUCUAGUCUCGUCCGUCUCUCUCUUGCUAAAAAUGAGACUGUUAUUCGAGAAGUUUGUGAAGCGAUCAAGACGGUUUUCAAAGAGGAUAUUCACCUCAGAAUUACUCUUUUCACCGCUCGUUCCAUUUCAACACUCGUGACGAAACGGAAAGGGAGAGUACCGCCAGAGCUUUUGAAGACACUUCUAAGUAUGAACAUCAACGAAGUCAAGGACGAGGACAAGAAGUCCGGGAAAGAUGCUCUUAUUGCGAAAAAAUAUCAGAUCAAGAAGGAAAGAGCUAGUAAAACGGCGAAAAAGUAUAAGAAGCAACUUGCAAGACUUGAAGCUGAUUUAUUAGAAGUGGAAGCAGAAGAAUCUUUAACGAAGAAAAUGAAGCACGCUACCGAAGCGAUGAAAUUCGCAUUCCAGACUUAUUUCUCUAUCUUGAAACGUAUGCCAACAUCUGCACUCUUGGAACCAGUACUUGAAGGACUCAGCAAGUUUGCUCAUCUAUUAAGUAUUGAGUUUUACGAGGAUAUUGUUUCAACUAUGGAAAAUAUGGUUACAAAUGACAACUUGAAAGCGUUGGAUCAACUUCAUUGUAUCAAUACUGUUUUUGUGAUUUUAUCUGGCGACGGACAGUUACUGAACAUUGACCCUUCAAAAUUCUACCGUCUUGCUUAUCGUGUCUUGAAUCAUUUGCCUUUCGAAAAGAGACCGGAGCAACGGAAAAACCAAAUCGUGAUGGCUGCAAAAACGUUGGAGACUAUGCUUGUGAUUCGGAGAAAAGCUGUUCCACUCUCCAGAGUUGCCGCAUUUGUCAAACGACUUUUAUCCAUCGCAACAGUUCUUGACGAUUUCCCGGCGCUUUGUAUCGUCGCUCUUGUUCGAUUAAUGUUUAUUGCUCAUCCGAAACUCUCCUCAAUGAUUGAAGACGAAGAAGGUGGUGCGCCAGGAAUUUUCCGACAAGAUAUCGACGAUCCGGAUGUUGCUAACGCUCUUGCCACUGAUGUCCGUGAUGAGUUGUCUAUGUUAGCUCGUCGGAGAAAUGUGGAAUUGUCUCGUUUCGCCAACAAUAUUUUAUAUGGUGUUCCAUCGACUGGAAUCUUCAAACUGAAUCCUCAACUGUCGUCGUUGAAGCCAUGGAUCUUGAUGGGACAGCUCAUGGAAAAUGCUAAAGAUGCUUAUGAUCGUGUUGACUCCAAAUACUUGGAUGAGCUUGAGAAGACUGCAAAGAAAAGGAACCAAACAGUGUCCCCGAAGAAUAUCAAUUUCCACAUUUCUAAUUGGCUUGCUGUAUCAAAAUAG